CCUCCUGGCCCUCGAAGGGACACUCUCCGGCGUGCGGCUCAGGGCGCAUCGCUCCCUCGCUCGGCUCCUCGCCUGCCUGCCUUCCUUCUCCAAGAGGAAAAGACAACCCAGGACCCCACUCGUGUUCCUGCCUGAUUUCCGCGUCUCUUUCGGGAAAUUUCUCACACCUUUGGAGCGCUUUCCCUUCGACCAGGAAACUUGCGAAAAGUGGGAGAGCUUGUUUUGUGCCUCUCUCUCUUCCUUCCUCGGGUGAGUUCCACUCCUGUGACUUCGCCAACUUCCCACGCAGGAUUUGGGCUGCUCUUGCCGGACAGCCCUCCCCUCAACGGGUCACUUCCAGCCCUCCACUUUCAGCAUCUUCUCAGCUGGGGAAACCCUUCGGACCGGUCACUUUCUCUCCUCGAAGCUGUCCCCUUUCAGGAUCUGAGCUGGUCACUUGUCUUUUGGACUGGUCAGUUUCUCUCCUCUGAGCUGAUCAACUUCAGUGUCUUCUGAGCUGGUGGAUUUCUGGUCAACUGAGUCUGAGUGGGUCAACCCAUCCAUCAGUUUCUCUUCUCUGGGAGUGGAGGGACUUCAGCCUCUUCUGAGCUGCUCAGUCCCCAUCCUCUGGCCGUGUCCAUUUGAGCCUCUUCUGAGCUGGUCACUUUCACUCAUCCUCUGGACUCCUUCCUUCCCACCACUCCUCUUCAGCCUCUCCUGAGCUGAUUGGUUUCAACCGUACUUUCCAUCUGUUGGGCAGGUUGAUUCCUUGUUUGGAUACAUUAUUGUCCAUCCUGUGAAUUGGUCGAUUUCAGCAUCUUCUGACCUGCUUGGUGUCUCUUCCUUGUCCACCUAGAUCCACCCACAACCAUGAACAGCAACAGCUACUACGACCAGUCCCCGGCGGCCUAUGGCUCGGGCGAGGAGCAGGACGAGAUGCCGGCCACCGAGAAGGACCUGGCCGAGGACGCGCCCUGGAAGAAGAUCCAGCAGAACACCUUCACCCGCUGGUGCAACGAGCACCUCAAGUGCGUCAACAAGCGCAUUGGUGACCUCCAGAAGGACCUGAGCGACGGGCUGAAGCUCAUUGGCCUCCUCGAGGUGCUGAGCCAGAAGAAGAUGUACCGCAAGUACCACGCCCGGCCCAACUUCCGCCAGAUGAAGCUGGAGAACGUCUCCGUGGCCCUUGAGUUCCUGGACCGGGAGCACAUCAAGCUGGUCUCCAUUGACAGCAAGGCCAUUGUGGAUGGCAACCUGAAGCUGAUCCUGGGCUUGAUCUGGACCCUGAUCCUGCACUACUCCAUCUCCAUGCCCAUGUGGGAAGACGAGGACGAGGAGGACGCCAAGAAGCAGACGCCCAAGCAGCGCCUCCUGGGCUGGAUCCAGAACAAGGUCCCCCAGCUGCCCAUCACCAACUUCAACCGCGACUGGCAGGAUGGCAAGGCCUUGGGCGCCUUGGUGGACAACUGCGCUCCAGGUUUGUGCCCUGAUUGGGAGACCUGGGACCCCAACCAGCCGGUGGAAAAUGCCCGGGAAGCCAUGCAACAAGCGGACGACUGGCUGGGAGUGCCACAGGUGAUUGCCCCAGAGGAGAUUGUGGACCCCAAUGUGGAUGAGCACUCGGUCAUGACCUACCUGUCUCAGUUCCCCAAAGCCAAGCUCAAGCCUGGAGCCCCCCUGCGCUCUAAGCAGCUCAACCCCAAGAAAGCCAAAGCCUACGGACCAGGUAUCGAACCGCACGGGAACACGGUGCUGAAACCAGCCCAUUUCACAGUGGAAACCAUUGAGGCCGGGCUGGGAGAGGUCCUGGUCUACAUCGAGGACCCAGAAGGACAUACUGAAGAGGCCAAAGUGGUCGCCAACAACGACAAGAACCGGACGUAUUCGGUGUCCUACAUCCCCAAAGUGGCCGGCUUGCACAAGGUGACGGUGCUCUUUGCCGGGCAGAAUAUCGACAAGAGUCCCUUCGAGGUCAAUGUGGGGAUGGCGCUGGGUGAUGCCAACAAGGUUACUGCCCGCGGUCCAGGCCUGGAGCCGGUGGGGAACGUGGCCAACAAGCCCACCUACUUCGACAUCUACACUGCAGGGGCCGGGGCCGGCGACGUCGGGGUGGUGAUCGUGGACCCGCAGGGCCGGCGCGACACGGUGGAGGUGGUCCUGGAGGACAAAGGGGACAACAUCUUCCGCUGCACCUACCGUCCCGUCCUGGAGGGUCCGCACACGAUUUACGUCACUUUCGCCGGCGCUCAGAUCCCCAAGAGCCCCUUCACCGUCAAUGUGGCAGAAGCUUGCAACCCCAACGCGUGCCGGGCCAUGGGACGGGGACUUCAGCCAAAGGGCGUGCGCGUGAAGGAGGUGGCUGACUUCAAGGUGUACACCAAGGGAGCCGGCACCGGAGAGCUCAAGGUGGUGGUCAAGGGACCAAAAGGCAUUGAGGAGCCAGUGAAGGUUCGGGACGUUGGCGACGGAGUGUUCGAAUGUGAUUACUACCCAGUCGUUCCCGGGAAAUACGUGGUGUCCAUUACGUGGGGUGGACAUGCCAUCCCAAGGAGUCCCUUCGAGGUGCAGGUCGGACCAGAAGCUGGACUGCAGAAGGUCAGGGCUUGGGGGCCUGGCUUGGAGACUGGCAUGGUGGGCAAGUCGGCCGACUUCGUGGUGGAAGCCAUCGGCACAGAAGUGGGCACCUUGGGCUUCUCCAUUGAGGGUCCGUCCCAGGCCAAAAUUGAAUGCGACGACAAGGGGGACGGCUCCUGUGACGUGCGAUACUGGCCCACGGAGCCGGGGGAGUAUGCUGUGCACGUGAUCUGUGAUGACGAAGACAUCAAGGACAGUCCCUUCAUUGCCCACAUCUUGCCAGCCACAAACGAGUACUUCCCAGAGAAGGUGAAAGCUUUCGGACCUGGUCUGGAACCGGUUGGCUGCAUUGUGAACAAACCGGCUGAAUUCACCAUCGAUGCCAGAGGAGCAGGGAAGGCAGAGCUCAAGAUCUACGCCCAGGAUGCAGAGGGCGUUGCUAUCAACAUCAAGGUGAAGAACAACGGGGACGGCACCUUCUCCUGUGUCUACGUCCCCACCAAGCCCAUCAAGCACACCAUCAUCAUCAGCUGGGGGGGCGUCAACAUCCCCAAGAGCCCCUUCCGGGUCAUGGUGGGUGAAGGGAGUUACCCAGACAAGGUCAAGGUAUACGGUCCUGGAGUCGAGAAGACAGGGUUGAAGGCCAACGAACCUACUUACUUUACGGUGGACUGCAGUGACGCUGGACAAGGGGACGUGAGCAUCGGCAUCAAGUGUGCGCCAGGCGUGGUGGGGCCCGUGGAGGCCGACAUCGAUUUCGACAUCAUCAAGAACGACAACGACACCUUCACGGUGAAAUACACCCCUCCAGGCCCCGGGCGGUACACCAUCAUGGUGCUCUUUGCCAACCAGGAGAUCCCCAUCAGCCCUUUCCACAUCAAGGUGGAUCCUUCCCACGAUGCCAGCAAAGUCAAGGCGGAGGGGCCGGGACUCAACCGGACAGGUGUGGAGGUGGGAAAGCCCACCCACUUCACUGUCUUCACCAAGGGGGCUGGCAAGGCCAAGCUGGACGUCCACUUUGCUGGAGCGGCCAAAGGAGAGGUGGUGCGUGACUUUGAGAUCAUCGACAACCACGACUACUCCUACACGGUCAAAUACACAGCUGUGCAACAGGGCAAUAUGGCCGUGACUGUGACCUAUGGAGGAGACCCCAUUCCUAAGAGUCCUUUCCCCGUAAACGUGGCUCCACCCCUCGACCUGAGCAAAGUCAAAGUGCAAGGACUCAACAACAAAGUGGACGUUGGCCGAGAUCAAGAGUUUACCAUCAACACCAAGGGGGCUGGGGGUCAAGGCCAGGUGGACGUGAAGAUCAGCUCUCCCUCCCGUCGGCCCAUUCCCUGCAAAGUGGAGACGGGCACCAGCAACGACCUCCACUCCGUGAAGUACAUGCCACCCGAGGAGGGGCCCUACAAAGUGGACAUCACGUAUGAUGGGCAUCCUGUCCCGGGCAGCCCCUUCGCGGUGGAUGCCGUCAUGCCUCCAGACCCAUCCAAGGUCUGUGCCUAUGGCCCGGGACUGAAGGGUGGCUUUGUGGGCAAGCCAGCCCCAUUCACCAUCGACACCAAGGGGGCCGGCACGGGUGGCUUGGGCCUGACGGUGGAGGGCCCCUGCGAGGCCAAGAUAGAAUGCCAGGACAACGGGGACGGCUCCUGCUCGGUCUCGUACUUGCCCACUGAGCCCGGGGAGUACGCCAUCAACAUCCUCUUUGCCGACGCUCACAUCCCCGGCUCCCCCUUCAAGGCGGACAUUAAGCCCGUCUUCGACCCCUCCAAGGUGACGGCCAGCGGGCCAGGGCUGGAGCACGGCAAGGUGGGCGAGGUGGCCACUUUCAUGGUGGACUGCUCCAAGGCGGGCGAUGCCGAGCUCACCAUUGAGAUCAUUUCGGAUUCGGGGGUCAAAGCGGAGGUGCUGAUCCAGAACAAUAGUGACGGGACCUACAGCAUCACCUAUAUCCCCUCCUUCCCGGGAACCUAUACCAUCACCAUUAAAUAUGGCGGGCAUGCCGUGCCCAAGUUCCCUGCGCGGGUCAAUGUGGAUCCGGCCGUGGACACAAGCAACGUUAAGGUUUUUGGACCUGGAGUGGAACCACGGGGUGUCCUGCGUGAAGUGACCACCGAGUUCACAGUGGAUGCCCGUUCCCUGACCAAGACCGGAGGCAACCAUAUCAAGGUGCGCGUCAUCAACCCCUCAGGCGCCAAGACGGACGCCUACAUCACCGACAAUGGGGAUGGUACCUUCCGUGUCCAGUACACACCUUUCGAAGAUGGUGUGCACCUGGUGGAAGUGACCUAUGAUGAUGUGCCGGUGCCCAAGAGCCCCUUCCGAGUGGGGGUCACGGAGGGCUGUGACCCCAGCCGCGUCCGUGCUUACGGCCCUGGCCUGGAGGGAGGACUGGUCAACAAAUCCAACCGCUUCACUGUGGAGACCAGGGGAGCAGGGACCGGCGGCCUUGGGCUGGCCAUUGAAGGGCCGUCCGAAGCCAAAAUGUCCUGCAAAGACAACAAAGAUGGCAGCUGCAGUGUGGAGUACAUCCCGUUCACACCUGGAGACUAUGACGUCAACAUCACUUUUGGAGGACACCCCAUCCCUGGAAGCCCAUUCCGUGUUCCUGUCAAGGAUGUGGUGGACCCCAGCAAGGUCAAGUGUUCGGGCCCUGGGUUGGGAGCCGGCGUCCGUGCCCGCGUCCCCCAGACCUUCACUGUGGACUGCAGCAAGGCUGGCCUGGCACCCCUGGAGGUCAAGGUCCUGGGACCCACAGGGGUCGCUGAACCAGUGGAGGUCCGCAACAACGGGGAUGGCACCCACACGGUGAACUACGCUCCAGCCACGGAUGGGCCGUACACUGUCUCCGUCAAAUACGCCGGUCAAGAAGUGCCCCGCAGCCCAUUCAAGAUCAAGGUCCUUCCGGCCCACGAUGCCAGCAAAGUGCGAGCCAGUGGACCUGGUCUCAAUGCGUCCGGCAUCCCAGCUAGUUUGCCUGUUGAGUUCACCAUCGAUGCCCGCGAUGCUGGCGAGGGAUUGCUCACUGUCCAAAUACUGGACCCAGAAGGCAAACCCAAGAAAGCCAAUAUCCGGGACAAUGGAGACGGGACCUACACCGUGUCCUACGUCCCGGACAUGACGGGGCGCUACACCAUUACCAUCAAGUACGGCGGAGAUGAAAUCCCCUACUCGCCCUUCCGGAUCCAUGCGCUGCCUGCCGGGGAUGCCAGCAAGUGCCUGGUCACAGUGUCCAUCGGAGGCCAUGGGUUGGGCACUUGCUUGGGACCCACCAUCCAGAUUGGAGAGGAGACGGUCAUCACAGUGGACGCCAAGGCGGCCGGGAAGGGGAAAGUGACCUGCAAGGUCUCCACGCCAGACGGGGCCGAGCUGGACGUCGACGUGGUGGAGAACCACGACGGCACCUUCGACAUCUACUACACUGCUCCGGAGCCUGGCAAAUACGUCAUCACCAUCCGCUUCGGGGGUGAACAGAUCCCCAACAGCCCCUUCCAUGUCGUGGCCUGUGACCCCAUGCCCCACGUCGAGGAGCCCUGUGAGUCCAUGCCGCUCCAGCAGCCCUUCCCAGCGCAUCAUGCGGGCGGAUACCCCUCACACUGGGCCACAGAUGAGCCCGUCGCCCCUCCAGAGAACGUGGACUCCAUGCUGCGCCCCUUCAACCUUGUCAUCCCCUUCGCCGUGCAAAAGGGGGAGAUCACAGGCGAGGUGAGGAUGCCUUCAGGGAAGACGGCCCGGCCUCAUAUCACCGACAAUAAGGACGGCACCGUGACGGUCAAGUAUGCGCCCGUGGAGAAGGGGCUACAUGAGAUGGACAUCAAAUACGAUGGGAACCACAUUCCAGGGAGCCCUCUCCAGUUCUAUGUGGAUGCCAUCAACGCCCGCCACGUGAGUGCUUACGGGCCGGGGCUGAGCCAUGGCAUGGUCAACAAGCCCGCCACAUUCACCAUUGUCACCAAAGAUGCCGGAGAAGGAGGUCUCUCCUUGGCGGUGGAAGGCCCAUCCAAGGCUGAAAUUACCUGCAAGGACAACAAAGAUGGCACCUGCACCGUCUCCUACCUGCCCACCGCCCCUGGGGAUUACAACAUCAUUGUGCGCUUUGACGACAAGCACAUCCCCGGUAGCCCCUUCACCGCCAAGAUUACAGGCGAUGACUCCAUGCGCACCUCCCAGCUCAAUGUGGGCACCUCCACCGACGUCUCCCUGAAGAUCACCGAGAGCGACCUUAGCCUGCUGACGGCCAGCAUCCGGGCGCCGUCCGGCAACGAAGAGCCCUGCUUGCUCAAGCGGCUGCCCAACCGGCAUAUCGGGAUCUCCUUCACCCCCAAGGAAGUCGGGGAGCACGUGGUCAGCGUGAAGAAGGGCGGCAAGCAUGUGACCAACAGCCCCUUCAAGAUCAUGGUGGGCCAGUCGGAGAUUGGCGACGCCAGCAAGGUCAAGGUCUCCGGCAAAGGCCUGGUGGAAGGACACACCUUCGAGGUGUCUGAGUUUAUCGUCGACACUCGCACCGCAGGUUACGGCGGUCUGGGUCUCUCAAUCGAAGGCCCCAGCAAAGUGGACAUCAACUGCGAGGACAUGGAAGACGGCACUUGCAAAGUUACUUAUUGCCCCACGGAACCCGGGAAUUACAUCAUCAACAUUAAAUUUGCAGAGAAACAUGUGCCAGGGAGCCCUUUCACCGUGAAGGUGACCGGCGAAGGGCGCAUGAAGGAGAGCAUCACCCGCCGGCGUCAGGCUCCAUCCAUUGCCACCAUCGGCAGCACUUGCGACCUGAACCUCAAGAUCCCAGGCAACUGGUUCCAGAUGGUCUCUGCGCAGGAGCGCCUGACGCGCACCUUUACGCGCAGCAGCCACACUUAUACGCGCACCGAGCGGACGGAGAUCAGCAAGACACGGGGCGGCGAGACCAAGCGUGAGGUGCGGGUGGAGGAGUCCACGCAAGUUGGCGGGGACCCCUUCCACAACGUCUUCGGAGACUUCCUGGGCCGCGAGAGCCUUGGCUCCUUCGGCAGCAUCGCCCGGACCCAGGAGGGUGAGGCUGGCUUGCAAGCCAUGACUGCCCAGGUGACCAGUCCGUCAGGGAAGAUGGCGGAGGCGGAGAUCAUUGAGGGCGAGGACAGCGCCUACUCGGUCCGCUUUGUGCCGCAGGAGAUGGGGCCCCACACCGUCAACGUCAAGUACCGCGGGCAACACGUUCCUGGGAGCCCCUUCCAGUUCACGGUGGGGCCCUUGGGAGAAGGGGGCGCCCACAAGGUGCGAGCCGGGGGUCCUGGCCUGGAGAGGGGCGUGGCAGGUGUGCCAGCCGAAUUCAGCAUAUGGACCCGGGAGGCUGGUGCCGGAGGUCUUUCCAUUGCGGUGGAGGGUCCCAGCAAGGCAGAGAUCGCUUUUGAGGACAGGAAAGAUGGCUCUUGCGGAGUCUCCUACAUUGUCCAGGAACCAGGUGACUAUGAGGUCUCCAUCAAAUUCAAUGACGAGAACAUCCCCGACAGCCCAUUCGUGAUCCCCGUGGCUUCCCAUUCAGACGAUGCCCGGCGCCUCACGGUCACAAGCCUCCAGGAAACGGGCCUGAAGGUCAACCAGCCGGCCUCCUUUGCGGUGCAGCUCAAUGGGGCGAGAGGGGUGAUCGAUGCCAAGGUCCACACUCCUUCUGGAGUAGUGGAAGAGUGCUACGUCUCCGAACUGGACAGCGACAAGUACGCCAUCCGCUUCAUCCCCCACGAGAACGGCGUCCACUCCAUCGAUGUCCGGUUCAAUGGCCGCCACGUUCCCGGCAGCCCCUUCAACAUCCGCGUGGGCGAACAGAGCCAGGCGGGAGACCCGGGGCUCGUCACUGCUUACGGUCCAGGGCUGGAGGGAGGAACCACAGGUGUCUCCUCCGAGUUCUUUGUCAAGACCCGCAACGCUGGCUCCGGGGCCCUCUCCGUCACCAUUGAUGGUCCCUCCAAGGUGCAGAUGGACUGCCAGGAGUGUCCCGAGGGCCACAAGGUCACCUACAUGCCCAUGGCGCCUGGAAGCUACCUCAUCUCCAUCAAAUAUGGGGGACCCCAGCACAUCGUGGGCAGCCCCUUCAAGGCCAAGGUCACAGGGCCCCGCCUCUCUGGGGGGCACAGUCUCCAUGAGACGUCAACGGUGCUGGUGGAGACCGUCACCAAAGCCUCCUCCUCGGUGGGUGGGAGCUACAGCGCCCUGCCCAAGUUCUCCUCCGAUGCCAGCAAAGUGGUGGCCCGGGGACCUGGGCUGACCAAGGCCUUCGUGGGCCAGAAGAACACCUUCACCGUGGACUGCAGCAAGGCUGGCACCAACAUGCUGAUGGUGGGCGUCCACGGCCCCAAGACGCCUUGCGAGGAGGUCUACGUCAAGCACAUGGGCAACCGGGUCUACAACGUCACCUACACCGUUAAGGAGAAGGGGGACUACGUCCUCAUCGUUAAGUGGGGGGACGAAGGUGUACCUGGCAGCCCCUACCAAGUCAACGUGCCCUAAAAGGGGUCUGGCCCGGUGCCAUUUCCCCCACGGCCCCUGCCCCACAUUUCCAUGCCAAGGACCAGCAUGGCCGGACAUCUCGGAGGUCCCCUUGGGGCGGGGCCGACACCACGACGGACCUUGGGACAAUAUUGGGUUGCCUGUUUGGACUUUGCCUUUUGACUCUUUGGCCCGGCGGAGGGCUUGGGGUGGGGCGGGGAGGGCAAGGUGUGCACCGUUUUAGCGGGAAAAUGCAAGUGGGCAGGUGACUGAUCAUGGCGGCAGAGUCAAAGAAUGAUGUCACUAGGAGAAGGAGUGAGGUCAGAGUUUUGUCAAAGUGGGGAGUCGUCACUGUGGGAUGCCCCAUGGCAAUGGAAUUGUGGAAGACCAGGCAAUGGGACCUAUCUACACCAUUCUUGGCCACCUCGGGAUCGGGUCAUUGAUGUAGUUGGACAAUUUGGAAGUGAGAAGAUGAUUUGGAGCUCAAAGCAAAUUGAUGUAUGGAUAGCAGGGAUGUGGAGAGACUUUCCAAGGACCAGGUUGGCAAUUCAACAAAAGGGUCAGCUCUGCUCCCAUUUUGUGAGAUGGGUUGGAUGGAUGUGGAAGCAUGUGGAGAACAAAACUAUAUUGUGAAACAUCACGUUAAUACUUAUUUGCACUGUUCUUGGCCACCUUGAAGUUGGGUCCUCAGUAUGUUUGGACAAUUUGGAAGUUGUUGUUGUUCAUUCGUUCAGUCGUUUCCGACUCUUCGUGACUUCAUGGACCAGUCCACGCCAGAGCUCCCUGUCGGUCGUCACCACCCCCAGCUCCUUCAAGGUCAAUCCAGUCACUUCAAGGACUGGAUUGACCUUGAACUUCAAUUUGGAAGUGGAAGAUGAUUUGGAGCACGAAGCAACCAAAGUGUGGUGAGAAGGGGUGUGGAGAGACUUCUGCAAGGACUGGGUAGAGAGGUCAGUUGUGCCCCUAUCUGCUGAGAGCCAUCCAGCCCAAAACCCCUAUUUUGCCAUGCAGGAAAACACAAUCAAAGCAUUCCCCACAGAUGGCCAUCCAGCCUCUGCUUAAAAACCUCCAGAGAGAGAAUAGUUCUGACUUGUCAGAAAGUUCUUCCCAAUGUUUAGGCGAAAUCUCUCUUCCUGCAAUCUGAAUCCAUUGCUCCAUUGUCUUCUAGUCACUAGGACUGGAUGCAGAAUCAUGCAAGGAUUGAGCAAAACUGCUAUUUAGAGCUCAAGUCUUCCAGAGGACAACAAUUGCGUCCACUGGCCUUAAAUAACCAGGAUGUUCUUCAUCUCUGUUGACUUCCACAAUUGAAUUCUAUUGACUUCCAUAAGAAUCUAGGCCAACAGGAAUUGGAUUGGAAAGUUCAGUGAGAGAUGCCACCAACUUGCCCCUUCCUUCUGCCCCAUCUCACAAACUGGUCAAUUGCUGCCGUGACAGAGGGAUACUUGAACCAAAGAGAUUCAUCAUUUGCCUGGUUUGGGGAUAUUUUUUAAGAAAAGGAAGCAUUUGAAGAAAGGGAAAGAAUUUAAUAAAAAAAUAUAUUGGGGAAAGGGAGUCAGGCCCUUUGGCCUGUGUGUCGGUCAAGGAUGUUUCCAGCCAAGUUCUUCUCUUGGGGUUGGUUUGGGUUUGGGACUUUUUUAUCCAUGUGUUUGGGGUUGCGUGUGUUAUCCAUGUGUUUGGGGUUGGAGCACCCAGCCGAACCUGCCCACAAGCAAUAAAGAUGACUUGCUUUUAAAAAA